CAGUAAAAGGAUAGAGAGAGUGAGAGAGAGACUGACAGAGGGAAAGAGAGAGAGGGAGAAGAGCCAGUAAAAGGAUAGAGAGAGUGAGAGAGAGACUGACAGAGGGAAAGAGAGAGAGGGAUGAAGUAUCCGUCUGUGUCAGUGAGUAACUCUCUGUUGGACAUGGAUGUAGCCAACUACAGUGAGGGACUGGACCCAACGUACAGCACCCUGGGCUUCGAUCAUGCUGACGUCCUCUAUGGUGGGGGAGACAGUAUGCCAGCGGAGCCGGGCCUGUCCCAGGCAGAUGUUGGGAACUCUAACUGUGCCAUAUGUGGAGACAAGGCUACAGGGAAACACUAUGGAGCUUCCAGCUGUGAUGGAUGUAAAGGGUUCUUCAGGCGCUCCAUACGCAAGAACCACAUCUACUCCUGCAGGUUUAACCGUCAGUGUGUGGUGGACAAGGACAAGAGGAACCAGUGUCGGUUCUGCAGGCUCCACAAGUGUUUCAGAGCUGGCAUGAAGAAAGAAGCGGUUCAGAAUGAGAGAGAUCGAAUCAGCUCCAGAAGAAACAUUCAGGACAAUCAGGAUCUCCCACCUAUCACUGUUCUGGCCCAGGCAGAGUCACUGUCUCAACAGAUCAGUGCAUCCAGUCCCAGGGGUGCAGUAGAUGUGUCAGAACAGAAGUCAGCUGGUGUGGGUGAUGUCUGUGACUCCAUGAGACAACAGCUGCUAGUGCUGGUGGAAUGGGCCAAAUACAUCCCUGCCUUUGGUGAGCUGCCCUUGGAUGACCAGGUGAGUCUGCUCAGGGCUCAUGCAGGGGAACACCUUCUACUAGGGGUCGCCAAGAGGUCAAUGCCUUACAAGGACUUCCUGCUUCUUGGUAAUGGGUGUGUGAUCCAUGGUAGCAGUGCGGAGCCGGACAUCGGUCGUGUAGCUAACCGUGUUCUAGAUGAGCUGGUCCUGCCCUUCCAGGACAUCCAGAUAGAUGACCAUGAGUAUGCUGCUCUCAAGGCCAUUGUCUUCUUUGACCCCGAUGCCAAGUCUCUGCGUGACCCGUCUAAGAUCAAGGCGAUGCGUCUGCAGGUCCAGAUGAGUCUAGAGGACUAUAUUAACGACCGUCAGUAUGACUCCAGAGGGAGGUUUGGAGAGCUGCUGCUACUGCUGCCUACUCUACAGUCCAUCACCUGGCAGAUGAUAGAACAACUGCAGUUUGUUAAACUCUGUGGCCUGGCCAAGAUAGACAACCUUCUGCACGAGAUGCUGCUGGGAGGUCUGGCGGCAGAGCCCGCCCACCUCCACCACCCAGGCCACACCCAGUUAGCCCAGGACCCUCUGACAGGACACACACUGGUCAUCAGCACUAUGCCUGCUACACACACUACUCAGAUAGUGUCUCCAGACACUCCUAACCCGUCUCCGCCUCAGGUUGCAGAGAAGUCCUCUCCUAGCCCCUCCCUUCUCCUGGCUCCACCCCUCCCACACAGACAUACCGCCGAAUCCCCACUCUGAGUGUACAGCACCCGCCCCCACCACCGAAUAACCAAACAAACAAAACAUACUGUUUGUCCACCAUGAAUGCAGCCAAAGAAAUAGCAGAAAGACUUUUCUAUGGUCCAAAUCCGAAUUUGAGAUUUACACCUGUAACUUGUAAAUGAAAAAAGUUGAAUUUGGAUCUCAAGUUUGCAUUCUGCCCUAUGUUUGUAGAUGUGUAAACUGUUCAGUGUUCCCUCCCCUAUUCAGUGCCAUAGGUUUUCACUCCAAUUCGGUAGUCUUUAUAGUUCGGUAGCAUCUUUAUAAAUCAUUAGAUAAUUCCUAAAGUCGGAGCCUCUCUUAUCGUGGUGUAAUUGUGAGUGUAUUUGAGCUUUCUGUAGGCUCAUUGUUGAAUAUGGAGCAGGAGAUUUGCUAAUCAGCAUGUACUUUAUAUACAGUAUGCGUUACUUAAAGUGCACUUAUUAGUUGUGGACUGUGUCUGGAACACAUGAUUGUCUGUUAAUAUUAAUGUUCACGUGUUGCCAUGUAGCUUGUGGUGUGGUGCUUUACAAAUACACAAACUGGAGUAUACUGUAUUUGUCAAUAAUAUAAUUAACCGUACAUUUAGUUCCUAAUCAACUUUUCAGUGUCUUUCAGUCUUUUCAGAUUACUGUUCUAAUAUGAAAUGAUAUGAAAAUGUUCAAAUUUUGUGUAAAUUCAAUUGUUUGUAUGUCAGAACUAUUAUAUUGACCUUCUAAACUGUCAAAUAGUGUAUACAAAUGAGACAAUGUAAGCUAUAUUUUGUAACUGUAUAUUCUGAUGAAAACAGAACACUAUUUUCAAUGAAUUGUAACCUAAGCUAUACGCUGCAUUUUUUACGCUCUUGCAUGAACAUGGACAAAGUUCUGAUAAAAUGCACACACGGCAUAAUCCAUUGCACCACAACGGGGAAAAUAAGGGGAAAGGGGCACCUCCAUAUGGUUUAAAUAGAAAUAACAAAUUCACCAAGAGCAUUUAUACCACAAGAGGCUGAUGAGGGGAGGACGUAUUGUUUAUGUGUUUAUGGCUGUAUUG